GCCGUGGUGUGGAUUGAUCUUGAGGAUGAAGACGACUACGAAGACGUCAUACCUCCCUCCCCGGAGAAGGAAGUGCCUCCUUCCUCAUCUGUUUUUAAAAACAUUCGAGAAUCUCCUCUUGAGAAGGCAGCUGAAGACGUGAAAAGCAGCUCAUCAGACUCUGGUUUAGGCAGCUGUUGCUCCAGUGAAGGGCAGGAAGAUGCAUUCUUGCCACGUGAGAGUCUUCUGUACAGGGUGAUGAAGGGAAUCUGUGACCUGGUGGAUUCCAUCCCGGAAAGAGAGCUGAAGUCUUUGUCUUGCGGGAAGGAGCUUCUUCAGAAGAGAGAUCACAGAAGAAAGCUAUUAAAUUGCACUGAAGCAAGUGGAAAGGACAGUAAUGCCUCUCCUCCUGCCGUAAACUGCGAAGCAUCUUUUGGGGAUAAGAGCUCUCCGAACAGCGAAGUUUCUCUUCGGCUGAAGAACAGUUAUGCCCCUGGCCCCCGAAGAAGUUCUGUCUUUGGUGGUGAACUUUUCUUCAAAUCACUGCCUGCUGUUGAGCAGCUACACAAAUAUCAUUCGACCCCCUUUGCUGCCCAGACACAGAGCCCAGAUGAGGCUGGGGGAUUAAGUGUUUCAGUGGACAGCGCUGUCUCAGGAAAUGCAGGGAUUUCUUUGUCCACACAAGGCGUCCAUGAAGGGUCGUGGCUCAGGGAUGAUGGAAAUGAGCACGGGCUGAGUUCCAAGUUGAACCUGGCAGCUGCAAGGGACCAAAGCCAGCCCUGCUUGGCUGAGAGCUAUCUGGGAGGCGACAGGCGCUCGGCAACCCCAGACCUGGAUUUUGAUAUUGAUGAGCUGGAUGAUAUGCUAAAUAGCUCUGUGGAUGAGCAGCUGUCAAUGGGGCUCCGCCAACCUGUUCUGGAGGAUCAUCCUGCCAAAGGAAAUGGCCAUCAUUCAAAUCCUGCUGUUCCCCAACCGAACUACUUCGUGCCUGUCAAGAACUGUGCAGCCCCACUGACCCAGAAUCCACCUAGGAAUGCCGUGCUGGAGCGCUUCGAAGGCUUAGCAUUCCCACAUUCCAAUGAAAUGAUGAAGAUCUUUCACAAGAAAUUUGGCCUUCAUCACUUUCGAGUCAAUCAGUUGGAAGCCAUCAAUGCUGUUCUGCUGAAUGAAGAUUGUUUCAUCUUGAUGCCCACAGGAGGGGGCAAGAGCUUGUGCUACCAGCUGCCAGCCUGCAUUUCCCCAGGAGUCACCAUCGUGAUCUCCCCCUUGAGGUCACUGAUUGUGGAUCAAGUUCAGAAGCUGACGUCAAUGGAUAUUCCAGCUACUUAUCUGACGGGUGAUAAGACAGAUGCUGAGGCAUCCAGAAUUUACAUGCAGCUCUCAAAGAAAGACCCCAUCAUAAAGCUUCUCUAUGUCACCCCAGAGAAGGUCUGUCUGAGCGGCCGCCUGAUGUCCAUUCUGGAGAAUCUGUAUGAGCGGCACCUCUUGGCCCGCUUUGUGAUUGACGAGGCGCACUGCGUCAGCCAGUGGGGCCACGACUUCCGCCCGGACUACAAGCGGCUGAAUAUGCUUCGCAAGAAGUUCUGCUCCAUUCCCAUGAUGGCGCUGACGGCUACGGCCAACCCCCGGGUGCAGAAAGACAUCCUCAACCAACUGGAGAUGCAUCAGCCACAAGUGUUUAGCAUGAGCUUCAACAGGCACAACUUGAAAUAUGAUGUUUUGCCCAAGAAGCCGAAAAGUGUCGCUUUGGACUGUCUGCAGUGGAUCAGGAAACAUCACCCGCAUGACUCUGGCAUCAUCUACUGCCUCUCACGGCAUGAAUGUGACUCGGUUGCCAGCGUUCUGCAGAGGGCAGGUGUGCUGGCGCUUGCGUAUCAUGCUGGUCUCCCUGACAACACCCGGGAUCUGGUGCAGAAGAAGUGGAUUAAUCAGGAUGGGUGUCAGGUGAUUUGUGCGACCAUUGCUUUUGGCAUGGGGAUCGAUAAGCCAGACGUGCGCUUCGUGAUCCACGCCUCUCUCCCAAAGUCCAUCGAGGGCUACUACCAGGAGUCGGGCCGCGCUGGGCGGGAUGGCGAAAUGUCCCACUGCCUCCUUUUCUACAGCUACAGUGACGUCACCAGACUGAGGAGGCUCAUUCUGAUGGAGAAAGAUCGGAACAGACAUUCUCAGCAGACUCACUUCAACAACCUCUACAGCAUGGUCCACUACUGUGAGAACGUGGUGGAGUGCCGGAGACUGCAGCUCUUGGCCUACUUUGGGGAAACCAACUUCAAUUCUAAAUUCUGUAAGGAACAUCCUGAAGUCAGCUGUGAUAACUGCUGCAAGAAACAGGAUUAUAAACUGAAGAAUGUGACUGAAGAAGUAAAGAACAUCAUUCGGUUUGUUCGAGACCAUUGCGGAGAAAGGGGAGCGAGAAGCACAAAGAGAAAUGCAAAAUACACACUGAAUAUGAUGAUUGAAAUUUUUUUGGGUACAAAAAGUGCCAAAAUUCAAUCAGGCAUAUUUGGAAAAGGAGCAGCUUAUUCUCGCCAUAAUGCUGAGCGGCUGUUUAGAAAGCUGGUGCUGGACAAGAUUCUGGAUGAAGAGCUCUAUAUCACAGCCAACGACCAAGCUGUUGCUUAUGUCCACACAGGGGAGAGAGCACAAGUGGUGCUGAAUGGCUCUUUGCAGGUGGAGUUCUGUGAAACAGACAGCGCCAGCAGCAUUCGCAAGCAACGGGUUUCAGCAGCCAACAUGUCCAAGCGGGAAGAGAUGGUGAAGAAAUGCCUCUCAGAACUCACCGGCGUUUGCAAAAACCUUGGGAAACUGUUUGACAUCCAUUACUUCAACAUUUUCAGCACUGCUACCCUUAAAAGAAUAGCAGAGACAUUGUCUUCGGACCCAGCAGUUUUGCUUCAGAUUGAUGGUGUUACGGAGGACAAACUUGAGAAAUACGGAGCAGAAAUAAUUGAAGUGAUGCAGAAAUACACCGAAUGGAUGCUGCCAGUGCCAGAAGAGCCAGCCCCGGCCUGGGAUGUCGAAAGCUAUCACAGUGUUGACGAGGAAGCAACAUCUACAACAUCUGGCUAUUUCCGCAGUGGAGCCAACAAGGGAAGGAAGAGAAAGAAGCCCCAAUUCUUCAGGGAACCCAAGAAGAAGAAAACAAACUCCAGAGGCUACCGGGCUCACUCUAAAAGGAAUUACAAAACCAGCACAGCAGCCAGCUCCAAAGUUCCAGACCUGCCCGGAGGGAUCAGCAAGAGGCCUGGGAUUAUGGCGCCGCCCAAACCGCAAAGCAGGCAAUACCUGAAGCCCUCUUACUCCUUUGUGUGAAGCCCCCUCCGGCCGUCUUGGUUGUUAUGCUCCGUACUUUACAAGCAUCAGAAUUUGGGUCGGAGCUGUACACCCCCCCCCCCAAUUAUCUUGUUUGAAUAUUUGUAAAUGUAUGCGUUUGUUUGCCUCCUCUUGGAAGUCAUGUGGCAUGCUGAGUUUGCGAUCCUCCUUGUCUGAAGUUGUUGUAUUUGGGGAUGGAAUUGGCCGAGAUGGACAAAAUGCACAGUUGUGAAGGGAGACGACUUUCCUAAUGCUGUUCUCAUGUGGCAUCAUCUGGCCCGAGCUUCAGCACGCACCCAGAUGUGCCAUCGUUCUGGGAGUGGCCCAGGUAGAACUGAUGUGUUCAGCUGCCCCCGUGGGCCGGGGAGGCCUUUGCCCUGACAAAGAAGGGCACUGGGGUGAUGCACUGGCAUCGUUCCAUCCCAUAAUUAUGGCACUUUUUACUGUUUUCUGAGAGCCAGCCGCAGGGUGGCCUUGUUCAAUUUACAAACCUUAUCUUAACCAAAUCUUUGUUCCUUUUAAAACUUGUAGAAUAAACUGCGAAUGUUCAGACA